AGUCAGCGAGUAAAACGUUUCGCAAAUUUAAUUCUUUUUUCUAAUAAUUAAUUAUGUGCUUCCGGCUCCGGCACCGGAAUAUUGAUUGUCAUUGAUAGUUAUUUAACUAUUUAUUUACAUUUUUUGUGCUUACUUAAUUUUUCUUAUUAUUGCGUUUUAAAGUUCAACAUUCAUGUAAAUACUUGUCAAGUGAAACUGUUGCUUUGAUUUCGUUUGUUGUUGGUUGAAUAUCCAAUUGUUUGCGGUGUUUUUUUUAACCCAUUUCGAAUAGCCAAGAUGUUAGCAAUGUCAUUUUCUUUUACUAGUAAAUUACUGCUGUUCAUCUUGAAUAGCAACACAUGCGUAAUGGCAAGCAAAUUCCUGUAUUUUGCAUAUGGCAGCAAUCUACUGGCUCAGCGACUGCACAUUAAUAACCCGUCUGCAGUGCGGGUGGCGGCUGCUAAAUUAGAGAACUACCGCCUGGACUUUGGUACGGUCCCUUCCCGGUCGUGGGGCGGCACCCCUGCGACGAUAGUUCCGGACGACUCGGAGCACUGCUGGGGGGCUGUGUGGGAGAUCGACCUGGCAGACUUGCCCAGCUUAGACAGGCAGGAGGGAGUUGGCGAGGGCUUGUAUUUCCCUCGCAACGUGACGGUCACGUCUCUGGACGGAGAGAGAUAUCUGUGCCGCACCUACCAGCUGACGGAGACGCCCCCAGCUCUUGGAAGGAACCAAACACGCCCACUUGAAAGUCGGCCUUCCUACAUAUACUGGCAGGUUAUUAUACAAGGUGCUCGGGAGUCGGGAUUACCUCAAGAAUACAUUCAGAAACUGAAUAAUAUCCAGCACAAUGGAUAUAAUGGAACAGUAGCAAUACCAGUGCAGAUUUCCGAAAGCAGUGAGAAAUAGUAAACAACAUUGAUUUGGUGAAAAAGUGAUUGUUUAAAAUUGGAACUCUGGAACAGCGUUGGUUCAGGAGGGGCUCAGUCGUGUGAGGGUCUGUGAUAAUUUAGAAGUUAUUACUUGUUUUGACUCGGUGGCAUGCUGUGAUAAUUAUUUAGAUAUAAUUGUUGUAUGUUUAAACUCAGUGAGAUGCUAUGUGCCAUUCUAUACUAAAUAUAUUAGUUUGAUGUUUCAAUGCUAAGCAUUUUUCACAUAAACAGACAUUGGUUGGCUAGUUUUACAUUAUGUUUUUGCUUUAUUUUAUGUUGAUAGUUUAUUAUCUCUGCAUUCUUGGGUAUCAUCCUCGCAUGGUUAAAUAUGCCUUGUGACUGAAGGCAUAGAAUUCCAACUUUUUUUCUUCUUCCGAUUGCACAAUUAGCAUAUAAUUUUAGGCAGAACUUUGCCUACUAUAGUUACUAAAAGUAACAUUUUAUCAUAAAGAGUACACUCUGUAAGACACGCUCAUGUUUGGGUGAUUGGAAUCAUACCUUAUGUUUAUUUUUAUCACCUGUACUUGUUAUCCUGUGAUUUUUUUUAUCCAUAACAACCCUAACUGUUACUAUAUUUCUGUUUCCUUAGUAAACAAUAUUCCAUUUUCACUCAAUUGCUGUUUACGCACAACUGGCUGUCAUUUUACUCAGAACAUGCAUGCAAAUAAAAUACUUGUGCAAGAGUCAUGCAAAUGUGACCCUUGUUGAGCAGUGCAUUAGAUAAAAUUGGUAAACUUUAAGCAAUUUUUAUUUUUUUAUGGUUUUAAUUACCUAGGCUGUGUAAAUUACUUGUACUGACUAGUGGCACUGUAUAAAUUACUAGAUGGUGCAUUAAAAUACUCCUAAUUUUGGACUUCUCGUCUAAUCCAGCACACGUACCAGUGAGGUUCUACUACAAUAUUAACACAUAACAAAAGUAAAGAUUGAAAAUUCAGGCUCAGUGUGAUUUCUACAAAGAUUUGUAGGGUAUCUCUUGUAGAGUAUGAAGGUAUCAUUGUAUGAUCUAUCGUAACAGAAAAUAUACAUAUAUGUACCAUUUAUAAAAAAAAGUGUUUUGCCAAAAGGAAGUGAAACAAACAUUAUUUUUCUUAAUCUGGUUCACAAUGUUACUUCUAACUUAAUGCUGCACCAGUAAAUUGUACAGUAAAACCAUGUUAUAAUAUUUCUGCCUACAAUGUUUUCCUGUGUAUGUCAUAUUUUUAAAGUCCUAACAUUUUCCAAUUAGGACAGUGUAUUUAAUUCAUGUGUGUAACGUUUCAUGAAUUAUCCAUUUCCUGUUUAUAAUGUUUGUUUUCACACGUUCAAGAAAUGCAAAAAAAAAAAAAUUAAAACCUUUGUGUAUUCUAUAUAUCAGAGGUAGUACUUAUGCUUGCUGUUAUAUGUACUGAAACAUUAGUCUUGGAAACAAAAAUAACAAAUCUUUCCAUUUUUUCCAUUCUGGUGUUUUUAGUUUGCCAACUGUUUUAUAAUGGCAUAAAAAUCCAUAAAGCUUUUUAUAUUUCUUACAGAGUUAAAUUUAUUUCAUUUGUAGAUAGGAAUGUUCAAGUGGCAAAGUAAUUUGUCAUAGACAGGCAUUUCCACUCUAAAAUCUGAGACAAUCUUACAUAAAUGUGGCCUUGUCUGUAAAGACAAAGAAAAUAGAAGCUGGAAGCACUAUGAAGUUGGAGAAAAAUUGUUGGCGUGGUUUAAGCAAAUUUGAGCAUCGAGUGUACCUAUAAGUCGUUUUAACAUGAAUGUUGUUUAUAUAGCUUUAUAAGGCCAUUGGUAAAAAAUUAAAUACUGACAAAUGCUAAA